UGACGCCGGAGGAUUGGCAGCUGGUUUCGCCGCCGCGCCGCGUCGCGUCUCUCUCGCUGUGUCUGCUCUGCGCAGCGCCUGCGAACGGAGGGAGUCGGUGAAACGCAGCGGCGGUUCCAGCGCAUGCGGCUUCGGUAACGAUGCACUAAACCUGCCUCUUCAUUCAUACUCUCACAACCCUAGCAGAAAUACCAACCAACAACAUCUCCAUUGUGAUUCAUUCUCCCCGGUUUAAUCGUUGCUGAAUAAGGUUUAAUGAAAGAGAAAGACAAGAAGAAGCGCACGGCAACGUUACGACUGUUUUUAUUUUCAUCCCAUUCUGAAUGACGGGCGGACGGUUCGACUUCGACGAUGGAGGCACUUACUGUGGCGGAUGGGAGGACGGGAAAGCCCACGGACACGGCAUCUGCACGGGACCCAAGGGUCAAGGCGAGUACGCCGGGUCCUGGUCCCACGGUUUCGAGAUAGUCGGGGUCUACACCUGGCCCAGCGGGAAUACGUACCAGGGCUACUGGUCGCAGGGCAAACGCCACGGGCUGGGUGUUGAGACCAAGGGGAAGUGGGUUUAUCGUGGGGAGUGGAGUCACGGGUUCAAGGGUCGCUAUGGAGUUCGGCAGAGCACCAAUACACCUGCUAGAUACGAUGGGACGUGGAGUAAUGGACUACAGGAUGGCUAUGGAGUCGAAACCUAUGGGGAUGGUGGCACAUAUCAAGGCCAGUGGAUGGGGGGCAUGAGACAUGGCUACGGUGUGCGACAGAGUGUGCCUUAUGGAAUGGCCACCAUUAUCCGCUCUCCGCUUCGCACCUCCCUGGCCUCCCUAAGAAGUGUGCAAAGCAAUGGUGCCGUUCUGCAGGACGCGGUACUCGACACACCAAUUGGAAGCCGUGGUGGUUUUGUGCUGAAUUUUCACAGCGACACCGAAGUCGUCACCGGGAAGAAGAAGGGCCUGUUCCGCCGUGGGUCCCUCUUCGGCAGCCUCCGCCAGCUACGUAAAUCCGACUCCAAAACAUCCAUCUCUAGCAAACGGAGCUCGGCACGUAGCGACGCCACUAUGAGCCGCAUCAGCUCCAGCGACGCCAACUCCACCAUCAGCUACGGAGACGGAGAGUACACCCCCAUGGAGGACCAUGUGGACGCCACCACCACAGAGUCCUACAUGGGCGAGUGGAAGAAUGACAAACGCAAUGGGUUUGGAGUCAGUGAGCGAUCAAGCGGGCUGAAGUACGAAGGGGAAUGGAUGAACAACAAGAGGCAUGGAUACGGAUGCACAAUAUUCCCAGAUGGAACCAAAGAGGAGGGGAAGUAUAAAAAUAACGUGUUGGUGCGUGGGAUAAGGAAGCAGCUUAUUCCGCUAAAAAACCAUAAAACUAAAGAAAAAGUGGACAGGGCCGUGGAGGGGGCUCGAAGGGCUGCAGCUAUCGCCAGGACUAAAGUGGAAAUAGCAGUGUCAAGGACAUCCCACGCAAGGACUAAGAGUGAAGCAGCAGACCAGGCCUCACUUGCAGCAUGUCAGGAAUCAGACUUAGCCAGAGCUGUGGCUCGUGAAUUAUCUUCAAGCUUCCAUCAACCAGGACUUGACUACAUCAAACAAAAGUUCAGUGAGCCGGUGGAGGAGAUCAAGGAGGAAGCACCUAAAGAGAAGAAGAAGGAGAAGGAGAAGGUGAAGCCUUCUGGCAGCCCUUUCUAUCGGCGCGGCACGACUCCAAGCCACUCUCCUGCCCAGAGCCCAACCCCGUCACCACCUCACUCCCCUCAACAGAGCCAAGCACCCAACCCCAGCGCCAGCCACAAGAUAAGCAAGGACAACAGCAGCGUAGCCCGAAAGAUAAGCAAGGACAGUAGUAGUGUAGCUCGCAAGAUAAGCAAAGAAGAGAGAGCCUCCAUUGUGGCAGAGAUCACCAAAGUAUCUGCCCCUCCUUCUGAACCCCAGCCCAAACCUGCCAGCACAGGUAAUGGGCAGCUACAUGCUGCUUAUCACGGUUACUACGUGAAGCCGGUGGUGCAGUUGCCUCCACCAGAAGAACCAGAAGAUGAAGAGCCUGAGAUGACGCAGUCUAGCCUGGCCAGGAUGCCUCCACCACCCAAAAUGGUCAGGACGACAACUCCCAAACCAGAGCCCAAGAUCAUGAAACAAGAGUCUAUCAAACCAAAGAGCUUAGCUGAAACCAAGAAAGCCAGCAUAGAUAUGGCCGAUGAAACCGUAGCGGAAGAAUCUGGUCCUAACUCAGUUUUGGUUGCCAUGGUGAUGCUUUUGAAUAUUGGAUUGGCAAUCAUUUUUGUCCAUUUCCUUACAUGAAACACUACCAUCUCAGUGUUGGAUGGUGACCCACACAGUGUCAAUGACCUUUCUGAAAUCCAAAUGGUACCAGGCAGUCUCAAGAGGGCAGAGGGAGCUGAAGAAUCAACGUAUGGGAGUUUGAAACCCAGAGCAUCAUCCCUGAGAAUGACGUGGUCUAAUAUCAUGUGGCUCUGGCAAAAGAGAACAAAAUAUUUUGAGGGGAAAAAUUACCAUUAAAAUGGAAACGGAAGAAGAGAAUGCAGUGUAACGUGACUCUUAUCUGCUGACGGAAAGCCUUAAUAUCAGCCACUCCAUAGGUCUCUGGCAGAGACUUAACUGGAAAUGUUUGAUGAUGCACUUUUGCGUGAUGGGCAAGAGCAGCUGCCUUACUCAUUUACCAUCUGACGUGUAACUGGGAGAUGUGCUCGCAGUGCCAGAGGAAUGCGUUCAGGGGGCUUUGCUGCAGUGGCCUGGCCCGAGGAAACCGAACGCGCACACCAGCGUCACUCAUCCUUCUUACACCCUUUACCGACCCACUGCAGUUUCUUCUAGCAUCUCCUACGUUCUUCUCGGAAGCUCUUGAAUCGAUGCUCCCUACUGUACUCCUCACGUUUCGUUUCUUGUUUUAUGUUUGUUAACCUCAUUGAAAACCAUGUUUGAAUUUAAUGCGAAGCAAAAUCACUCCCACUUUUUUCUGAGUAUUUCUAAACCAGACAAGGGAAAAUAUUAUAUUAUUUAUUAAAAAUGUGCAAUAUGAUUUAUCUUUACACGUGCAUAGUUUAAUUGUUCACCAAAUAGGGGCAUUGUAAUUCUGUCCCAGUAUUUAAGAGAUGGAAAAAUAAGAAAGGUUUAGAGUUACAGGUACGAUUCAAGAUCUGUGGUUUCCCACUCUUUGUUGAACACGUCCAUUUAGAUCAUUGCAAAACCAAUCAAAAAAGUCUUAUAAAGUGCGUUUUUUUUUAUUGAAUUCUGGGAAUUGACUGUUUGUCGUGUUAUGUAAAUUAAGCCUAUGCCAUCGUGCAUGCAAUGUUGUGCAAGAGUUAUUGUGCUUCAGAUGUCAGGUUUGACAUGUGACAGCAGGUGAGAUGUUUUG